CUUCGCUUUUAGUCAUCUCCAUUUCUUCUUCUUUCUUCUUCUUCUUCUUCUUCUUCUGCUGAAUGCGGUUUACCCUUUUCAGCUUUGGACAACCUCACGUGAAUAGACUGCUCAGAUCACACUCUCAUUGCUUGGAAACUUAUCUCUGAUCGUUCAAGUUCAAGUUUUCAGUCUCUCUUCUUGGUUUGAUUUGUUAAGACAGAAGUUUGAUAAUGGAGUCCUGUGAUUGUAUUGACACACAAUGGCCACCUGAUGAGCUUUUAGUGAAAUAUCAGUACAUUUCGGAUUUCUUAAUUGCCUUUGCCUACUUUUCCAUUCCCUUGGAGCUCAUAUAUUUUGUUCAGAAAUCAGCCUUCUUCCCAUACAGAUGGGUUCUUAUGCAGUUUGGAGCUUUUAUUGUUCUUUGUGGAGCAACCCACUUCAUAAGCUUGUGGACAUUCUCUAUGCACUCCAAGGCCGUGGCGGUGGUCAUGACUGUUGCAAAGAUUUCAUGUGCUGUUGUCUCAUGUGCAACUGCAUUGAUGCUUGUUCACAUCAUACCCGACCUUUUAAGUGUCAAAACCCGGGAACAAUUUCUCAAGGACAAGGCUGAAGAGCUCGACAGAGAAAUGGGCCUUAUUCUUACUCAGGAAGAAACCGGGAGGCAUGUUAGAAUGCUGACUCAUGAAAUUAGAAGCACUCUAAAUAGAGAUACAAUAUUGAAAACCACCCUUGUGGAGCUUGGUAGGACUUUAGGUCUCGAAGAAUGCGUGUUAUGGAUGCCGUCUCGAAGUGGUCUGAAUCUGCAACUCUCCCAUACUUUAAACUACCACAUAAAAGUUGGAUCCUCCAUUCCUAUGAAUCUUCCCAUAAUUAGUGAGGUUUUUAAUAGUGCUCGAGCAAUGCGUAUUCCUUACACCUGUCCUUUGGCCAGAAUUAGACCACUUGUGGGGAGAUAUGUGCCACCGGAGGUUGUGGCUGUGCGGGUACCUCUUCUAUAUCUCUCAAAUUUCCAAAUUAAUGAUUGGCCUGACGUCUCUGCAAAAAGCUACGCUAUCAUGGUUUUGAUUCUCCCUACGGAUAGUGCUAGACAAUGGCGAGACCAUGAAUUGGAACUCGUUGAUGUUGUUGCAGACCAGGUAGCUGUUGCUCUUUCACAUGCUGCCAUUCUGGAAGAGUCAAUGCGAUCCCGUGAUCAGCUCAUGGAGCAAAAUGUUGCUUUAAAAUUAGCUCAACGGGAAGCGGAGACGGCAAUCCACGCUCGGAAUGAUUUCCUUGCUGUCAUGAACAAUGAAAUGAGAACGCCGAUGCAUGCAAUUAUUGCGUUAUCUUCACUUCUUCUAGAGACGGAUCUAACUCCGGAGCAAAGGGUUAUGAUAGAGACAGUACUAAAAAGCAGUAACCUUUUGGAAACUCUAAUUACUGAUGUUCUUGAUCUUUCUAGGCUUGAAGAUGGAAGCCUAAAGCUAGAUAUUGGAACAAUUAAUCUUCAUGGAAUUUUUGGAGAGGUCGUUAAUCUGAUCAAGCCUAUUGCAUCUGUAAAAAGGUUACAACUGAAUCUGAUUAUGACCCCAGAUUUACCUGUCUUUGCUCUUGGUGAUGAGAAGCGGCUUAUGCAAACUAUUCUAAAUAUUGCUGGUAAUGCGGUGAAGUUCACAAAGGAAGGCUUUAUCUCAAUUGUAGCAUCUGUUGUAAAACCAGAAUCUUUAAGAGAUUUGCGACCUUCUGAAUUUUAUCCGGCUCCAAGUGACUGCCACUUCUAUUUACGAGUUCAGGUUAAGGAUUCUGGUUGUGGUGUUCUCCCACAAGAUAAACCCCAUUUAUUCACCAAAUUUACUCAGCCCCAAAGUGGAUCCGGUCGGAGUAACAGUGGUGGUGGAUUGGGACUCGCCAUUUGUAAACGGUUUGUAAAUCUCAUGGGGGGUCAAAUUUGGAUUGAGAGUGAGGGCCUUGACAAAGGAAGCAUAGCUACAUUUGUUGUAAAACUUGGCAUUUACAACAGCCCAAGUGACCCUUCUAGAAAUGAGCACCAUCACACAAGUGGCAAUCCCUUUGGACGUAAACCAGUCUUCAGAGAUUAUGAUGGGAUAGCUUUUGACAAAUCCAUUCUCUCAGGAGCACUGUUUUUGUCUCUCUUCAUGAGUGGGCGACUCAUAUUAUUAGAAAAGCUUGAACAUAAUUUUGGUUAGUUGAAAGGAAGGAGGCAAAAAAUGUUGCCUCUCAUACAACCUAUAUGUAGAAUUCAUGGCAUCUCCUCAGUAAUUCUUUUGUCUGAUGUUGUAUGAUCACUGAUGUUUUGAGUUGAUGCGUAUAUCUCCAAUGAGGAAUUUACUUAUUUGAUGAAAAA